AUGAGCAUGAAAAUACUAGGUACCUUGGCUUUGACCAGCCUUGCGUGGGCAACAGAAUACUGGCAGACGCCUCCCGGUGGCUACCGCCCCUUCGGACCUGGAUACACCAAUGGCGCCUAUCCUACCGACUUCUCUCUGGCAGGACCGCCUCUGGAGGCAAUUCACGACUCUCAAACGCCUUCCACUGGAUUAGCCGUCGAUUCGAACAACAGACUCUAUUUGGCAUAUCCCCGCAACAGUGGACAGACACCCAACAACGUCGUGGUUUGCACUUCUUUCAACGACGAGAAGCCGUGGCCCAAUGCAGGCAUUCAGAAUUGCACCGCUGGCCAAGAUCCUAGCACAUGCUUUAUCAAUGUACAGAACAUCAUUCUGGACAACAAGGGGAGACUCUGGGUUAUCGACAGUGGCAUUCCUUACAACGCAACACCGGAAACCGGUGCCAUAUUUGGUGGGGCAAAGAUUAUGAGCUUUGACGAGACAACGGGCGAGCACCUUCGGACUUACGUGAUACCCGAGCGCUUAUUAUCACACCGCAUGAAUAUGAAUGACCUGCGUAUCAACACAACUCUUGGUGGAAAAAGUGGAUACGCCUUUAUCCCAGAUGCUAGUACCAAUAGUUCACUCGUGACAAUCGAUCUUGAUGAUGGUAGCGCUCUGCGGAGAUUGUUCAACACCAGUGUUGUUCGAGCAGAUGAGAAUUAUGUUGGCUCAUAUGACGGGCAGCCCAUCUAUACUUGGAACGGUACGAAGAAGGGCCAUCUUACCACAGCAGCAGAUGGGGUGGCAUUGCCAACUUCAUCCGGCAACUUUUACUGGGGUGUCCUAGCCUCUAGACGCUUCUACUACAUCUCUCAGGAGAUCCUUGUCGACCCCAACAAGACAGAAGACGAGGUCUUGGCUGCAGUGCAAAACCCAGGCCAAUGUGGUUCUGAACAAGCCGGUUUCACUGCUGACGACCGGGGGCGUGUGUACAUUGCGGCAAGUGAGCAAAACGCCAUAUACUACGUCGACACACUCAAAUCCGAAGUCAAUAUGACUAUCAAUGGAGACGCGCCUGGUGGUUCCGGCUUGAUCCCAGCCAACAAUUACGUAGUCAAAGUACUGGCCAGAAGCGCGUUGAUCCAACAUGCGGAUUCAAUGGCCAUCCUGAAUGGGUGGAUGUACUUCAACACCAAUCAGCUUAUGCUGAGCCCAAAAUUUAAUUAUGACAACGUUGAUAGGAGGCGUGGCCCCUUUCGCAGUUACCGGCUUUGGAUUGGGAGAGGACCUGCUGCUUGA